AUGGCUCCCCCUAAAUCCCGUUACAGAGGUUCCACCUCCAAGGGAAGUACCACGCACCGGCGUUCUACCCGUGGAGGCGGUAGCAAUUCAACCGGUUCACGAAGUGAUCGAAAUGUAUACGGUGGGGUCAGUGGGAUCGAAGUACCUGCUUCGGCUGUUGAUCAAGAGGGGAGUAGUGGGGAGGAUGAAGGGAGUGAGUGUUUUUUUCCUCGGUAUAGGGGAAUUGGGGUUCGUCGGGUUCGCUGAUGCUGUGGAGGGAUUUUGAGAUGCGGUGAGCAGAUGACGUCGAUGGGUUGACGAUGGGGGAAAAGAGGUUGCCGGUGGCGAUGUGGGUUAGUUGUGAUGCAUCAGCUCCAUUCAAGCGCAAGUGAUUCAGAAAGAAGCUGAUCUUUGGUUACGUUAUCAGGAUUUCGACCACUGCGACCCUCGCAAAUGUUCGGGUAAGAAACUCGCUCGCUUAGGGCUGAUGAAGGAAUUGAGGGUCGGGCAAAAAUUUCAAGGGGUCGUCAUGAGGUGAGUGAGAUGAGGUGAAUGUAAUUCGGGAUGUUCGCGGAUCGGAGAAUUUCCUUGGUGAACGCUGUUUCAACAUCAUCAUCAUCAACAGUCCAAAAGGAACUCAAGUCGUAUCCCCCUCGGAUCGAGAUAUCGUCGCUUCUUCCGGUGUCGCCGUGGUGGAAUGUUCAUGGGCUAGGUUGGAGGAGAUUCCGUUCCAUAAGAUCAAGUCGCCUCAUGAGAGAUUAUGUGGGUGUCGCAGGGCGAUGCGCGAGGGGAGGAGUAGGAUGAAGAACUGAUUCUUCCGUUCACUCGACGGGGUGGAGCAGUACCGUACAUGAUCGCGGCGAAUCCGGUCAAUUAUGGCAAACGUACGUUCCCUCUCACCAAGCAACACACAGAGAACAUUUGCAGGGUAAACUCACAUGAUGACCUACGUUGCGGCCCAGCCUAUAAAUUGACCUGCCUCGAAGCCGUCGCCGCGGCCCUGUACAUCUGCUCGUUCCCCACCCAAGCCGAAGAACUCCUCUCCAAAUUCAGUUGGGGUCAUUCCUUUUGGGAGAUCAACGGACCGAUCAUAAGUCGCUACCAAACAUGCUCGACACCUGAAUCGGUGUUGGAGAUGCAGGAGAUUAUUAUUGAGGAGAUGAAGGAGGAGGAGGAGGAGAGGAGGAGGGAGAAGGAACGCGUGGAGGAAGAGGGGGAUUUGUUGGUUCUGAACCCGAAUCAUAUGAGGGGGGCUUGGAGACCGCAUCAUUCUGAGGAGGAGGAGGAGAGCAGCGGGGAAGAGGACGAUGGGGGAGGGAGUGAGGAUGGGGAGGAUAAAGUCGAUACGGUCACGACGGGUGUAGGGAGGACAAGAUUGGAGUGA